UUUCAAACAAAAUUAUCUAUAAAUAUUUUUUCUUACUUUUUUUUACCAAAAAUUGCUUUCAACUAUUUAUUGUUUGUCCACCAAAAGAAACUAAUUACAUAAAAAUUAACAGUCAAUGCGAAAAUUUUCGGCGAAAAAUUGUUUGGCGAAAGAGAGCAUUCAAGAGAACGGCAGAAUUUCACCAACUACAGCAAAACGAUUUCGCUGCAGAGAGUUCAUAGUUUAGCAACGGAUUGGUGAGUUGCAAACGACAGGAUGUCCGGGCUAUCCAUGGUAUUCAAUGGCCUUUUGGUAGGUGCCUCAGGAUUUGCUUUGUUCUCUAUACAGCCCGCCGAACAUCCGUAUGCUUUCUCCGCGUGCGCCUUUGGACUCUGCCAUGGUUUGCUGGGCAUUAUACAUGCCUACAAGCAAGGCGACGAAGGCGACAGUUGCAAUAAAAUCCGACAGAUAUCUGAUAGCGUUAUGGAGCUUGUACAUUUGCCGCUGAUAAAUAUUGAAUUAUAUUUGGCAUCGAAGGAGACUAGUGCCUUGGCUUUGGGACAUGGUCUCUUUGUGAUACCGCUCGCUUUUGAUUUGAUUGCGAAACUUUUCACCGAUGAAGGUGACGAUAGCAAUACUAAUACACUGAAGGAUCUGACGAUUUUGGGUAACAUUAUGUCCUUGACAUUUUUGGCUGUCAACGAGAGCAAUUACAUAUACGUAAGCAUGGCCUUAACCGCCUUCCUGACGAAAUACGGUUCCAUACUCUUGGAUAGUUACUGGGAGGGCUCACUGGAGAAUACUGUACUCACCGGCUACUCCUUGUUUACAUUCCUCGCCAAUUAUGCAAUCACCGAAAAACCAGAAUGGAUGAAAAUGGAAUAAAGUGAAUGGAUUGGAUGAGCUUGGGGGGCUGAAUGCAUGUUGUCACGGGAAAAUGCUUGUAAACAUAUCAAUUCAUGAGAUUCGAGUUUUAGACCAAAGAAUAUAAAUAAAUUUCAAUUUGAAAAAAAAAAA